CCCGCCAGCAACUCAGCCCCCUCUCACCUACCACUCUGGUGACUCUCUCUCUGCUGCUGCUGCUGCUGCUGCUGCUCUAACAAGUCGCCCUUCUCGCCCCCUCCGACUUCGCCUUAACUUUCAAACCCAUAUCACAACCCCGACCACAAAUCCCACAAAAUCUCACCCCGCACAAUGGACGCACGCAAGUCCAACUGCAACGACGCCGAUAUCACCAGCGAGAGCACAUGCUGGCAAGAAGCCUCCGCGCGGCUGCGCACGGAACACCCGCAUCUCCACGCGCAAUUCGAAGGGCCAUCUGGCGCCGAUCUGUCCGGCCAAAUCGCGCAGUCGAUCAUGGACGCCUGCCAAAAUCACACGGUCGACAAAGAUCCCCCUUCCGCGUGGACGCAUCGCGAUGCACACGAGAAAGCCAGAGUGCGACGGCGGGCCAUGGACACGAUCCUCCGAGCCGUGACGGUGUUCAGGGAUGUGGGCAGCGCGGUCGCGAAUCUCGACCCGUCCCAUGUCGGGAUCGCGUGGGCGGGCGUGAAUUUGAUUUUGCAGGUAUUCAUUCCAUGUUCGAAAACCCCUGGGGAAGAUUCGCUCGAGAUGGCUAGCUCACCCGGAAAGCGUCACAGCUCGUGUUGAGUGGCGCCGAGCAGAACGCUGCCGCGCUGCAGGGGCUCGCGCACAUCUCGCCCAUCAUCACGAGAUAUGCGAAAGUGGAGGAGAUAUACAUGGAGCAACGACGGAAGAAUGAUGCGGUCACUUUCGAAAAAGACUUCAGGGCGCAGGUUGUCAAACUCUACGUCGGUA